AUGGACGCUGUGUUUAGCCUUAAGGAUGAACGGGAAGAUACAGAUGGAGAUGAAAUGGAACAUGAGUCAGGUGAAUCCGACAAGUCAAGUUCAACAUCUGACACUAGUGAUGGUUCUGAUACAGAUGAUAGCUCAGAAUUGGAUGGAGAAGAAUGUGAACGCCGAAGAAAUGAGUGCAUUGAAAACUUGGCUGAAAUGGAAAGACAGUUUACAGUGCUGAGAGAACAGCUUUAUCGUGAGAGAAUUACCCAAAUAAAAACAAAACUGGAGGAGGUACAUGAAGGAGUGGCGAAGGAAUAUCGCCAGCCAUUGGAAGAACUUCAAGAGAAUAUGAGAAUCAGGAUAGAAGUAGCUGGUAUAUUAAAAAGACUACGACUUGAAAAUAUUGAAAAUAAUUUCAAAGCGGAAGAGCAAGCUGCCAAACAAAACUUUGAGAAUGAAAAAGUUUUACUCUUCGAUGCCAUGAAAGAAGAAUUAGAUGAAAAGAUUAGAAGACUUGAAGAAGAUCGUAAUAGUGUCGAUUUCCAUACUGAUUCCUUCUUCAGUUCAGAUAAGAAAAAAGGAGGAGGUAGUGGAUUUGGGCCCAAAGGACGUGGUGGUUCUUGGAGAAAAGGACUAAAACCAGAACCGGGGCGGAAAAAACCUGUCACUGUUACUGGACCCUACAUUGUCUAUAUGCUCUCUGAAGCAGAGAUUAUGGAGGAUUGGACAAUAAUUAAGAAAUCCCUUUCCAGUUGUAAAAGAAACUCAGAAAGAAAGCCUCCAUUUCACCAAUAUGUUUGA